AUGCUUAGUUCAGUUCUUCUCAUUAUAAUACAGGCUACUUACGUCCUGUCAUCAUUAAUUAACUACCAAGACCAAUCAUUAUGGAAAAGGGGAACUUUAACAUGCCAAACAGUAAUGAAUGGAUGCCCGGAUUUAAAUUUCGGAUGGCAUGCAGCUAACACCAACAUUCUGAAAUAUUAUUUAGAUAUAUUAAAUGUCGAGUGGUUGGGAAAUAACCUCUAUGAAAUUACUAUUCAAGUAACAGGUGAAGAACAAAUUGACUUGAAAUAUCUGUAUUCUUUGAAAAUCAUAGGUGUUCAGGGCCCUAAAAGCACAAUCCAAUUGUAUGGUAAAAACGAAAAUACUUUUCUAAUUGAUAGUCCUACAAAUUAUACAGUCACUUUUCAAGUAUACGGUGGGGCCAAAAAAGACGAAUGUAAUAUCUGGCUGCCGAAUUUUCAAAUUCAAUAUGAAUAUCUACAGGGUGAUGCAAGUAAAUACCAAAACACGUGGAAGUGGGGUACAACGUCCUUUGAUCUAUCAACAGGGUGCACCAACUAUGACAAUCAGAUGAACUCACAGACUGAUUUUCCAGGAUUCUAUUGGAAUAUGGAUUGUAGAAACGAAUGUGGGAAAAGUGCAACACUCUGGCGUCCUUCCACCGUCUCAUCGAAAGUGAAAAGUACCGCUGCAAGCAUCAUUAUUCCGACUAUUGAUGGCUCUUCAACCUCUACCUCUGAUUCCUCCAGUUUUCUCAGUACGUUUUCCCAACGAAAUUCAGUGCCAGUUUCGGAUCCUUUAUCAUCCGUUGACUCGGUUACUUCAUCCAGAGAACCUCUAACUUCAAGUAACUUACCAUCAACCACAAGGCAAUUGUACGUGACAAGUACAAUAACUCAAUAUUUGAGUACUGUAUAUAAUACCUACAUUACCUAUACAACGCGUUCCGAUAUUACUAGAGUCUCAAUUAUUAUAGAAAUAAUAACCUCAUAUGAGAAAUUAUCAAACCGGCCAAGUAUAACCACUGCCACGGAUGUCUAA